AUGCUUCGCUUUAACAAAACAACGGUUCUGGCCCUCCUCAUAGCUACCAGCUCUGUUUUCCUCCUGUUCCAGCUCUAUCACUACAGACAGCAUGUCUCUCAGGUGGGUUGAACUUGACCACAUACGUUUGCUGUAAAUCUAUGCAUGGAUAUUGACCCACUGGCUGGCCUAUUUUUGCCAUACAAACUGGAAGUAAUGUGCUUGCGUUCACCACAAUGUUUAAACUGUUGAUGUCGUUUUAGAAUGGACCACAUAUCUUUGGCAGGACAGUGCAUCUGUCAGGAAAGGAUACUCAAUGGGUAAGCUCUUUAUAGGCUAGAGCUUCUAUUCCAUGACUGUUUUCCCCACAGAUAAACAACACAUAUACAGAAUGACCUACCGCUAAUCUUUGAAUAGAACCUAUGUUGGGUUAAAAUGAAGAAUAGUCUGUCUAUUUGAGUAACCUGUUAUUUCCAGUCCUCUGAACAAUAUGCAGUAAUGGGUGUGUUGUUGUUGUUGAAUCGUGACCCUGUCCUACAGCAGGUGGUGAAGAAGUUCAUGGGGCUGGUCCAUAAGUACAACCUGCCAGUGUUCCUGGUGGACACAGCCUCUCUAGGACUCCUCUCUCAGGACUCUAUGCUGCUGAGAGACGGCCUGGUUAAAGAACCCCACUGCAAUUUCCUCUGCACUAACAGAGACGUCCUCACCUUCGCUCUGCUCAGCAACCUCUGGAAAUACGACGUAAGGAAUUAACGGCUAUAGAGCUAUAGAUAUAGAGAUAUAGAGCUAGAUAUAGAUAUAGAGCUAGAUAUAGAGAUGUUAAGCUAGAUAUAGAGAUAUAGAGCUAGAUAUAGAGAUAUAGAGCUAGAUAUAGAGAUAUAGAGCUAGAUAUAGAGAUAUAGAGCUAGAUAUAGAGCUAGAUAUAGAGAUAUAGAGCUAGAUAUAGAGAUAGAUAUAGAGCUAGAUAUAGAGAUAGAUAUAGAGAUAGAUAUAUAGAGAUAUAGAUAUAGAGAUAUAGAGCUAGAUAUAGAGAUAUAGUGCUAGAUAUAGAGCUAGAUAUAGAGAUAUAGAGAUAGAUAUAGAGAUAGAUGUAGAGAUAUAGAGCUAGAUAUAGAGAUAUAGAGCUAGAUAUAGAGAUAUAGAGAUAUAGAGCUAGAUAUAGAGAUAGAUAGAGAUAUAGAGAUAUAGAGCUAGAUAUAGAGAUAUAGAGCUAGAUAUAGAGAUAUAGAGCUAGAUAUAGAGAUAUAGAGCUAGAUAUAGAGAUAUAGAGAUAGAUAUAGAGAUAGAUAUAGAGAUAUAGAGCUAGAUAUAGAGAUAUAGAGCUAGAUAUAGCGAUAUAGAGCUAGAUAUAGAGAUGUUAAGCUAGAUAUAGAGAUAUAGAGCUAGAUAUAGAGAUAUAGAGCUAGAUAUAGAGAUAUAGAGCUAGAUAUAGAGAUAUAGAGCUAGAUAUAGAGCUAUAUAUAGAUAUAUAGAGCUAGAUAUAGAGAUAUAGAGCUAGAUAUAGAGAUAUAGAGCUAGAUAUAGAGAUAUAGAGAUAGAUAUAGAGCUAGAUAUAGAGAUAUAGAGAGAUAGAUAUAGAGAUAGAUAUAGAGAGAUAGAGAUAUAGAGCUAGAUAUAGAGAUAUAGUGCUAGAUAUAGAGCUAGAUAUAGAGAUAUAGAGAUAGAGAUAGAUAUAGAGAUAGAUGUAGAGAUAUAGAGCUAUAUAUAGAGAUAUAGAGCUAGAUAUAGAGAUAUAGUGCUAGAUAUAGAGAUAUAGAGCUAGAUAUAGAGAUAUAGAGCUAGAUAUAGAGAUAUAGGGCUAGAUAUAGAGAUAUAGAGCUAGAUAUAGAGAUAUAGAGCUAGAUAUAAAUCAAAUCAAAUCAAAUCAAAUUUUAUUGGUCACAUGCGCCGAAUACAACAGGUGCAGACAUUACAGUGAAAUGCUUACUUACAGCCCUUAACCAACAGUGCAUUUAUUUUAAACAAAAAAGUAAGAAUAAAACAACAACAAAAAAGUGUUGAGAAAAAAAGACCAGAAGUAAAAUAAAGUGACAGUAGGGAGGCUAUAUAUACAGUAAAAUAAAGUGACAGUAGGGAGGCUAUAUAUACUGGGGGGUACCGUUGCAGAGUCAAUGUGCGGGGGCACCGGCUAGUUGAGGUAGUUGAGGUAAUAUGUACAUGUGGGUAGAGUUAAAGUGACUAUGCAUAAAUACUAUGCAUAAAUAGAGAUAUAGAUAUAGAGAUAGAUAUAGAGAUAUAGAGCUAGAUAUAGAGAUAUAGAGCUAGAUAUAGAGAUAUAGAUAUAGAGAUAUAGAGCUAGAUAUAUAUAUAUAUAUAGAGCUAGAUAUAGAGAUAUAGAGCUAGAUAUAGAGAUAUAGAGCUAUAUAUAGAGCUAGAUAUAGAGAUAUAGAGAUAGAUAUAGAGAUAUAGAGAUAUAGAGCUAGAUAUAGAGAUAUAGAGCUAGAUAUAGAGAUAUAUAGCUAGAUAUAGAGCUAGAUAUAGAGAUAUAGAGCUAGAUAUAGAGAUAUAGAGCUAGAUAUAGAGAUAUAGAGCUAGAUAUAGAGCUAGAUAUAGAGAUAUAGAGCUAGAUAUAGAGAUAUAGAGCUAGAUAUAGAGAUAUAGAGAUAUAUAGAUAUAUAUAGCUAGAUAUAGAGAUAUAGAGCUAGAUAUAGAGCUAUAGAUAUAGAGAUAUAGAGCUAUAGAUAUAGAGAUGUAGAGCUAGAUAUAGAGAUAUAGAGCUAGAUUUAGAUAUAUAGAGCUAGAUAUAGAGAUAUAGAGCUAGAUAUAGAGAUAUAGAGCUAGAUAUAGAGCUAGAUAUAGAUAUAUAUAUAGAGAGAGAUAUAUAGAGCUAGAUAUAGAUCUAUAUAUAGAGAGAGAGAUAUAUAGAGCUAGAUAUAGAUCUAUAUAUAUAGAGAGAGAUAUAGAGCUAGAUAUAUAUAUAUAUAGAGAGAGAUAUAUAUAGAGCUAGAUAUGAAGCUAGCUAUAGAGAUCUAGAACUGUUUGGUUUAGAGCUGUUUCUCUAAUAAUGUCCUCAUUUGAUUCUAAGCAGAGCUAAUAACGUCCUUGGAGUGAUAGGUUUGACUUCUCUGACAUGUCCAGUAGUUAUUUGAACAGAAGCCUGGGUUUUAUUCAUUAGCACACACCGUAGCUAAAUGUUUUUAGCUAAAAGUUUCUGUCCUUUUUCUUUCCAUUUGGUGCCUAAUGAACAUGACCCUGGUAUCUGUCUGUGUUGUGGUCAGGCUGGUUUGGUGGCAGCAGCUGAAGAGAAGGGCUUCGAACUGUUGGAGGUGCGAGGGAAAGACCCUCGAUUGGUCAGCAUGGAUGACCUAUCAGGAAACGAGAUCCCCCUCCACUUCCUGUUCCGUCUCCAAGGUUACGUGGUCCACGUGGUGGUCCUGUACGAGCGCAGCGGGAACUACCUGUGGCACGGCGCCCUGCGACUCAAACCAAACAUGGACAGGAAGUUCGCCCCCUUCAGAAGGCUGGACUAUGGCCGCAACGCUGGAGCCUAUGACAGGUAGGUAGACAACAGGUGUAUUCAUUAGUGCAUAUAGUAGCAAAACCUUUUGCCAACGAAAACAAUAGUUUCUAAUUGGAUAAGUUCAAGUUAGUCUCUUCCCGUUUUGGGCGGUUUUCUUCCAUUUGGUUCUAUAGUGAAUACACCCCAGCCCUUCUUUCCUCUGUACUUGCUUCUUCUGUAAACCUCCCAUUCCUUAGAACAGUCCAGAAACAACACCGUAAGGGGUCAUACAUGCUCAUGACAAGUCUUACAGUGCAUUAUAACUGCAUCAUAAUGCAUUAUACCUGCAGACAUUGAGUAUUUGUAAAUAACCACAGAAGGCUGACGAUUGUGAGGAAACUUAGCUUGGUUGUCUCUCUCCUGUCAGGCCAGAGCUGGUAAUGACCACGUUGGACGGGCUGGAUGUCCGGAUCCCCAGGAACAUCUCUGGAUUCCUGACUGAAUAUUCCCAGGCUCGUUUUCUGGAGUGCAGAUACAGGGACGCUCGCUCCUUCUUCCAGGUCUGUAGUUUCAAGUCUCACUAUUCCAUAUAUAGCGCACUACUUUUGACCAGGACCCAUUGGGCCUUUGGACUUUGGUUUAGUCCACUAGCUAAGUGUUGUUCCCUGCUGUUGAAUCAGCUGUAUCUCAAAUUUGAAGUUCGGAUUCCAGCCUAUGGUUUGGACUUUGGUUUAGUUCACUACAUCUAACCAGGGUUGUUCUCUGUUGAAUCAGCUGUACCCUGAUGACACAUCUCCUGAGGCAAUGAACUUCAGGAUGAAAGCUAAGGCUCUGCUCCACCUAGCUGCCAGGACCCUCACUGAGCUCCGAGUCCCCUUCUGGCUGAGUAGUGGUACCUGCCUG